AAAAUUCUCAGGAAUCCCCAGAACAGGAAAAGCACCAAACAAUAAGCACAAAGUGAGAGUAGAAAGCAAUUCAAUCAUUUCUGUUCCAAGAAUCUCCUCCCACAUAAGCCAACCACAACCUCAAAUCUGCACCAAAGAAUCACAAAAUAUAUAAUAGUAAUAUUAAUAAUUAUCUCUAAGACUAGGUAAUCUGAGGAGAAGAGCUCUUUAAAAUGGUGAUAUGAAUCAAUAUAGGAGUAGAAGAAGUUAUAAUUUUAGUACUUGUUUGCUGUUUUAGUUAUGGAAGUUUUAGAGAGGGAGGAAGACGUUAGCCCUAGAUAUUCAUUUCAAAGGAAUGGAUCAUCAUUGUCUUGUGUAGUUCCACCAUUCUUGCUCAUUGAUAGCAUCCCCAAAAAGAGCUUGUCUUAUAACAAGCUACCUGAGGAACCCCUCAAGCUCACUGUCCUCAAAUUGGAUGGCUCUUCCUUUGAUAUUAAAGUAACGAGGAAUGCGACAGUGGCAGAUCUCAAGCAGGCGGUGGAAGCUGCCUUUAGUCAUUUGCCAAAGACGGGAACAGGCAAGGUUUCAUGGUCACAUGUGUGGGGACAUUUUUGCUUGAGCUAUGACGGGAGGAAGCUACUUACUGAUGGUGAUUUGUUGGGAACCUAUCGGAUCAAGGAUGGUGAUAAGCUUAGUUUUACGAGGCAUGUCUCCAUUUGUUACAAUCUGGUCAAAACACGAUCGGAGAGAGAGGACCGCUGUGAAAAUGAACCUAGUAUAUCCAAAGGCUGUGAAGCCAGACAGCGGAAAGGUCAACAAGAGGGUAAUCACCGUCAAGAUGACUUAAGGAACCAUCAAAAUGCUAUUCAUGAAAAUAACAGGGGUGUUGUUACCAAUUGCGAAUCCAGGUUGGUUCAUUUGUUUAGAGGGUGGUUCUCAUACAAAUUGGCGAGCCCAGACAGGAGAAUAACACACAAAAGAAGUGCAUCGAGAUCAGAGUAUAGUUUUCUUAUGGAGUCCUAAAAGGUAACGCAGUUGCACAGUGAUUACUGCAAGUUUCAAAAAGAGCCGGAUAGCAUAACCAGCAUCAUUCGAAAUCUGGAAUUCCAAACUGUUUGCGAACGUCAAAGAGAGUUGAAGAGUGAAUUGGAAAGCAUUCAUCUCUAGGUGAACCUCCAAACUUUUGAUUUUAGUGUCCAAACUGAUUCUGCAUAGAAGAUUAGCACUCUUGCUAGCAUCUUUUCCAUUUCCUCAUUUGCAGAUGACAAUUAGUUAUGUACACAUGAUUUAGCUGAGGAUUGGGCAUGUAAGUCUUGGAAUUGUGCAAAAGAAACUCUGAUAUUUGCUCUUGAUGUACACCACUUUUCGGUUCAAUGUAAUCGAAUUCUGAUAUUCGUCCUUU